ACCCCCUGCGCAUCUUCAAAUUGUACAAAAAUAGACGAUGACAGGCGUGCGCGGCUCGCGCUUGAAGAAUCGGCCGCCGGCGAGGCUACAGGCCAGUGGAGCUCCAGCCGCCGGCCUGAUCCCGAUCCUUAUCCCCUGCCAAAAAUCUCCUGAAGCUCCUCCGCUGCCUCCGGCCGUGGAUCAACGGAAUCGAGGCCAUCUCCUCCCACCACGACCGCCGCUGCCCCCACGAGCUCGACGCCGACGGCCGACCUCAGUCCUCCCCGAGCCAGUCCGAGCUCCCCCGCGCCGAGAGCUACGCCCGCCUCGAACCACGCUUGUCGGAAAGCCACGAAUCAACUUAAUCGCCACCGUCCCCUCCCAAUCCGGUCGCUGCUUGCCGCCGCUGAAGCUCGUCACGGUAGCUCCUCCGGUAAACAAAAACAGCGGCGCUCAUGCUUCUGCUUCUGCUUCUGCAGCCGGUCGAGCUCGUGCUUCUGCUUCUCCCUGCAGCCGGUGGAGCUCGAGCUGCUGCUGCUUCCCUGCCUUCGAGUUCUUCUCUGAAGAAGUUACAGUUCAGCACAAACAUUUCAACACUGCAACGUUUGUAUGCAAGAAUAAAUUGAUGUUUCUAGGACACCACCAGAAUAAAUUGAAACAAGAUAGCAUUCAUUAGGUUCUGAAAUGCUGUGGGAGUAUAAUGCAACAAGCGGAUGUUUUUAGAGUAAAGCAACAUAUACUGCGACAACAAUCUAUACACAUGAGUGAAGAACAAGUUCUGAGCAUGACUGAAUUUAGGAGCAUCUCUGAAUUUAACUGAAUUAAGAUCUGACUACAAAGACAACAGAAAUUUCGUAGAGUAUGAAAAUAAAACCAGGCACUGACUGCUUACCAGCGAA